AUGUUAGGAAGCCAAGAACUCGUUGAGCUACUUUUACAAAUGGGUGCCCGAGUCGACGACUACCAGAUUGGAAAUGACACGACCGUUCUCCAAGCAGCUGUCCUAAGUGGCAGUAUAGGAACUGUGCGGGCAGUUCUCCAUGCUGGAGCAGACGUCAACGACAGCCGAGGUGUCUGCUCUGCCCUUUACCACGCCGCCUGCGGGCAAGAUCUUGAAAUGUGUGCUUUUCUCUUACGCAGUGGUGCUUUGGCAGACCAAGAGAACAGAGACAGCCCACUAAUUGCUGCAAUAUUUCGAGACUCGCACGAGAUGGCAAACCUUCUCUUGGAAGCCCGAGGCAAUCCCAACAGUUGUACUCGAUUAUUACACCGCAAAUAG